UCCCUUCCCCAAUCCCCAUCUUCCCAUCCCCUUUAGAAAUUGAAAAAAACCAGUAGGAAAAGAAAAAUCCGCAAUCCAAUCCAAGAAUUAUCCCAUCCCCUUUAGAAAUUAAAAAAACCAGUAGGAAAAGAAAAUUCCGCAAUCCAAUCCAAGAAUUAUCCUAUCUCCGCAACCAAACAAAUGAAAAAAGAAAAAGAUGUCCACUUUCAGCGGCGAUGAAACUGCUCCUUUCUUCGGCUUCCUCGGAGCCGCCGCUGCUCUCGUCUUCUCUUGUAUGGGGGCGGCGUAUGGGACAGCGAAGAGCGGUGUGGGGGUAGCCUCAAUGGGAGUGAUGAGACCAGAGCUUGUGAUGAAAUCCAUAGUUCCAGUGGUUAUGGCUGGAGUUUUGGGUAUUUAUGGAUUGAUUAUAGCUGUUAUUAUUAGUACUGGGAUCAACCCAAAGGCAAAAUCUUAUUAUUUGUUUGAUGGGUAUGCACACUUGUCGUCUGGCCUUGCUUGUGGCCUCGCCGGACUUUCUGCUGGAAUGGCCAUUGGAAUUGUUGGCGAUGCUGGAGUCAGGGCUAAUGCGCAACAACCUAAGCUCUUUGUGGGUAUGAUUCUUAUCCUCAUUUUUGCGGAAGCACUUGCUCUUUAUGGACUCAUUGUGGGGAUCAUCCUCUCAUCUCGAGCUGGUCAAUCUCGCGCAGAAUAAAGAAUGCCAAACUCCGAAGCUGUAAUUUUUUAAUGUUAUUCUAUAUGGUUUAAAGUUGGAAAUGUAUUAUAAGAAAUUGACUGAAAAUACAUGAGAUUUUUCACUCCGUUUUGUUCCAUCCAGUUUGAUAAACUCUCUUAUAUGUUGUGUCUGUGAUCAAGAUUAUGAAACUGUACACUCUUUUCCAAAGGGCAUCUUGCUCCGCUGGAUUACUUGAAUAUAUAAGGUUGAGAUA